CGGCGGUCUCGCUGGUGCGGUGCGGCCGCUGCAGUGGCUGCCCCGGUGGGGAAUGACCACAUCGUGGGGGGCUACGAGGGCCGCCCGCACUCCCAGCCCUGGCAGGUGUCCCUCAACGCCGGCUACCACUUCUGUGGGGCCUCUCUCUUCCACCCUGUGACGGUCAAGUUGGGGUCUACCGACUCCUCCGUCUCGCUGCGAGGUGACGCAGGUGGCCCUGCGGUGUGCAGUGGCGAGCUGCAUGGUGUCGUGGCCUGGGGGCAAGGCUGUCCCGAGCCCAACCAGCCCACGGCGUGCAGGUUCAACUCCAGGAUCGCCAAUAGCCUCGCCUCCAACUGA